AUGGACAAAAGUCAAUACUUGGUGAUAUUUCUGCUUUUAAUAAAUGGAACUUUCGCCGAAUAUGAGAAAGUAAAUGACCACAUCGAGUACGAGGAAAACUCUUGGCGUCCAAUUUUAGGACCUUAUAAAGAUCGAUUGAAGCCUCUAAAAGUUACGCCAAAGUAUGAAGACAAAUAUCUUCUUCAAGGUAUAGGAGAGAAGCCAUAUGCGUCAACAUUUCCUAUUCAAGGGCUUUAUACGUUUCCAUAUUACGCCUACAGUUAUAUGCCUCCUCACGCAACAGCUUUGGGGUCAUAUAUUAAUAACUAUGACUAUAAUUAUUAUAUCAGAAAGCAUGAAAAACCAUAUGUGCCCGAAUAUAAAAAUUAA